CACAAUAUGUACCAUGUGUUGUUGUUAUUUUAUUUAAAAGCCGGUAAAUUCGUGUGUUAUGUAUGCUGCCGCAUUGCAACUACCUAAAUGUCCAGCUGCAGCCAGUCGAUUGGGCAAACGUUUGGUCAGCUAUAUGCUGGGCAUCGAAACGUCCUGCGAUGACACCGGCAUAGCCAUAGUGGAUACAACAGGUCGAGUGCACGCCAAUGUGCUUGAAUCCCAGCAAAAGUUUCACACGCGCUACGGAGGCAUUAUACCACCACGUGCUCAGGAUCUACAUCGGACGCGCAUUUCAGCUGCUUAUGAGCGUUGCUUGGAAGAAGCACAACUGCAACCGGAGCAGCUGGCGGGGAUUGCGGUGACCACACAACCAGGCCUGCCAUUGAGCUUAAUUGUGGGUCUGCGCUUUGCCCGCCAUUUGGCACGGCGUCAUCGUAAGCCCAUGUUGCCCGUACAUCACAUGGAGGCUCAUGCGUUGCAGGCGCGCAUGGAGCAUCCAAAUGAAAUAAGUUAUCCAUAUCUUUGCCUGCUCAUUAGCGGUGGCCACAGUCAGUUAGCGAUGGUUUAUGGACCUGGUAGGCUAACGCUGCUCGGCGAAACACUGGACGAUGCACCAGGAGAGGCAUUCGAUAAGAUUGCACGACGUCUGCGCCUCUAUGUGCUGCCUCAGUAUAGAUUGUGGAAUGGCGGUCGGGCCAUCGAGCAUGCUGCUCGAAAUGCCGAAAACCCAACGGCGUUUGAGUUUCCGUUGCCAUUGUCGCAGCAACGCAAUUGCAAUUUCAGCUUUGCGGGUAUCAAGAACAAUUCCUUUCGUGCCAUUCGCAAACGGGAGCGGGAGGAGCGAACACCCCCAGAUGGCAUCAUUAGCAACUAUCGUGAUUUCUGUGCAGGUCUGCAGAAUGCCGUCAGUCGUCAUCUAAUGCAUCGCACACAGCGCGCUUUGGAAUACUGUUUGGAGCGGCAACUCUUUGGUUCUGCGCCGCCCACACUUGUCGUCUCAGGGGGUGUGGCCAACAAUGAUGCCAUCUUCGAGAAUCUGAAUCAUUUGGCUAGUGCCUACAAUUGUCGCUGCUAUCGACCGUCGAAGCUCUAUUGCUCAGAUAAUGGAGUCAUGAUUGCCUGGCAUGGCAUCGAACAACUAGUUCAAGAUCGAGACCAGAGCCUCCGGCUGGAUAUUGACAAUAUAGACAUAGCAGGCAGUGCAGGAUUUCAACAGUCGAUGGUUGCCGACGUGGAACUGGCGGCCAUCAAAUGCAAAUGGAUAAAAACACUGUAGCCAAAUGGACUGUACUCUACA